UUCCCUGUGGAGAACAGAAGGAGUGAGAUUAGAUCUUAGCCCUGUUAGCAAAACCUUAUAAUGAACUCAAUCCCAUUGGGAGGAUUGCAUAAUUUGAUUAUAACAGAAUCUUAAUUACACAGCCAACAUUUUGCAUUUUGAGUUUAUUUGAAGAGCAUUCAUUAGUUAUUUGGAUCUCAACCCUGAAUUCUCCAAAAUGUUAAUCUUAACAUACUGACCUGAGAAAAUGGUCUUGGGACAUCCAGGCUGAUCUAAUCCUCCAUUGGCAUAGAAAUCAAUAUGGCCAUGGGUUCCUCUAAGGCCAAAGGCUGCCACAGGAAACAGUCACAUCUACAAACUGGGCAUCAGUUGGAUCAAGGCGGUCCUCAGGGGGAACACCGGCAAACAUUGGCCCUGCUGGGUCUAGACCUAGAGUUGACCAGAUUUCCGACCAUAGAGGUCAUCUGUGCUCUGUAAUUAGCCUGCAAAGACAGGAAAAGUAAGGAAGACAAGGAGGAAGGAAAAGAAAGAAAGGAGGUAUCCGCAGAACCCAGAGUUCCCGGAUUGGUCACCAUCUGAUUAAACCCAAGGUUCAAUUUUGUUACAGGACAUCUCUCUUGGAGAAGACAUCAUUAUAGACAUGCUGCUAUUGUUCUAGCUGUAUGAGACGCAGAUGCAUUCUUGCAGGAUGUCAUUUACACGCUGCAAGACAAUUUGUUUUCAGACGCCGCAAGCUUUAGUGAAAUGAGGGUGGUUGUAAUGGGUCACAGGGGACCACAGCAUUUGUCUGACCUUUGCAAGCUGUAUAAUGAGGAUUCUGUCCACACCCUAUGCUCAGUGUUUGAGCGUGAGUGGGAGAAACAACAGAAUUACAGCGAGAGGUCAGACCUAGAAGAGGAUUCUGGAAGAGAGUUACCGCUGGUCUCCAGGAAAACCAAUGCUGGUUACUCUCUCCUUUAUGCGAUAUGGAUGACAUUCCAUCCAGCCUUAGUCAAAGUUGUGCUCCUGAGAGUGUCAACUGAUCUUUUUAGCAUUUUAGGUCUUCUGACACUCAGAUGGGUGAUCCUGUUCUGUGAGAGGCAGGCUGUGUUUGACUGGGCAGGAUACACACAUUCUCUGGUGGUUUUGGGAGCAGUUUGCUGCUGCGCUGUUUCUCAGCAUCACUUUGACAAACAUAGUAGGAUAAUUACAGCCAAUGCACAAGCGGUUCUGGCUUGUGCCCUCUACAGGAAGACAGUGUCUCUUUCCCAUAGUUCUCAGCGACAAUCCAACACCACUCAGUGGACGGAUGUAUUAGGCGAAGUUGAAUGUGUACCAGAGCUGGUGGUCACAUUGACCUGUCUUUGGUCCUGCCCAUUGAGAGUCACUCUCUAUCUGGGUUUACUGUGGGGAGAAUUGGGCCCUGGGGUGCUGGUGGGGGUGGUAUUGCUACUAGUUCUCAUCCCUGUCAACUCCGCAGUGGAGCACAAAGCCAAACAGCUUCGGAAAACUCAGCAGAUCAUCAGGGAAAGGAGUGAACAGCUCAUCAAGGAAAUGUUGCAUAACUACCAGGCGCUGAAGCUUCUUGCAUGGGAGUCUUGGUUCCAUCAGAGAGUUACAAAGUCACGGGCCAGGGAGCUGGAGGUGCUAAGAAUUCUGGGAUAUUUGACAGCCUUCUCUAUGCUCGACUCUGUCUGUAUGCCUUUCCUGGUUGGUUUCUCUAGUCUUGGUGUGUUUGUCCUGGUGGAUGAUGGGAAUGUUCUCACACCGUCUCAGAUCUUUACAUGCCUCUGUUUCUUCAGAUUGCUCCGCCCACCUCUGCUGGAGCUCCCUGGGCUCUUGUGUGUUCUCAAGCAGGCACAGCAGUCUCUUUGCCACCUGGAGAAAAUAUUUCUCACAGAGGACCUGGGCACCUCUCAGUUAUUUACUACAAAAGGUGCUACAGAAGACAUUCCACCUGACAGCCCUCAACAGCCGUGUGAUGGGUGUAAAGAUAAGCUCAGUAAUUCUGACGAGAAACGAGAUCACUCUCUAUUCCAAAAAGGCAGUGGAGAGACCCGCAGGGUGUAUCUGAGGGCUUUUGGCUGGCACUGGGUGUCAGUUACCUCGCUGGUCUACCUGUCUGUGUGUGCUGUUAGUUUAGCACAGGAUGCCGUCCUGAGCGUGUGGACGGGUGAAGCCAAAGAAGUUCAAGGCCUGGAGGAGUGGAGAGAGCUCAGAAACUCGCGACUGUCUGCGUACGCACUGCUCGGACUCCUGCAAGCCUUACUCGUGUGCUGUGCCGCCUACUGUCUGACCUGCGGUUCUCUCAGGGCUUCUCGUACGCUACACUCUGAGCUGCUGUCAGAUGUUCUUCACCUGCCUGUACAUUCCCAGAAGACAGACGCCAGAUGGUCACUGCAAUCAUUCACUCAGGAUAUGCAAGUGGUUGAUGAAGAACUGGCCAAACAUUUGCACAGCUGGUUGAGGAGUCUUUUGGACAUAUUGAGCACCAUCACUUUGAUCAUCUUUAUCAUGCCAGUUUUCAGCCUAGCUGUGUGCCCGCUGAUAAUAGUCUUCCUCCGUAUUCAGUCUAAUUUUUCUUCAGGUCACUUCCGGAACAGACACAUUAAGGCGAACCCUGUUGUUUCAGUUACUUCUCUGGAGUCUGUGACACAUUGUGUUGAAGUUCCACUUUCUGGGCCAAAACACAGGGAGGUGUUUCUGACGCACUGCCUCCAAGCCGCACAUCAAAACCUGCUGGUCAAGUACAACAAAAUCAUCACCGAAAGUUGGGCUGUGUUGCAGUUUGAUGGGGUUGCUGGGAUUGUGCUGUUCCUGGUCAGUCUGAUUCUGCUUGAGACUCAACCUGACUCAGGGCUCGUGGCUCUGGCUUUGAUCUGUGCCUUUAAUAUUAAAGAAGCUCUUCGCCGUUACCCUCAGGCCGCCUCUGAUAUCAACAUCGACAUGCUGAGGAUGCAAAGAUUUUGUGAAUUUGCCAAAGUAGAAAAGGAGGCAGAAUGGACAGUCACCCACAGACCACCCUUUGACUGGCCCCGGCAUGGAGAGGUGAAGUUCAGGAACUAUGAGUCCGAAGCCUCCUCCAACUGCACUCCAGCUCUUAGAGGAAUUAAUCUCACCAUUUUAAAAGGGGAAAAGAUUGGAGUUAUAAGCAGGGGGAAAGCAGACACCGAUAGCUUGGUUAGCUGUCUGUUCCGGACAGUGGAGGCCAGGAGUGGUGCUGUGCUGAUUGACGAUGUAAACAUUACCCGCAUGAGUCUACAUGACCUUCGUAGCCGUCUGCAAAUCAUUUCUCAGGUUCCUGUACUGUUCUCGGGACCCCUGAGGGCUAACCUGGACCCGUUCGCUCAGCAUAAUGACACGCAGGUGUGGCUGGCCUUGGAGCUCUGCCAUCUCAAGGAACGUGUUCAACAAUUGCCUGCUCAGCUGCUGCACCCUGUUCAAAGAACGUCUCUCACUUUCAGCUUUGGCCAGAGGAGGUUGCUGUGUUUAGCCAGAGCCUUGCUUGCAAGGGUCAAAAUCCUGCUUGUGGAAGAGGCUCUUCCUUGUGUGGACAUAGAAACAGAGGGCCUUGUCCGGCAGUUGAUCCACACAGCGUUUAAAGACUGCACCGUACUGUGGCUCACUCAGAACCCGCUCACUGUCAUGCACACUGACAGGGUGCUGGUUUUGAAUAAUGGACAAGCUGUGAAGUUUGACGCCCCUUCCACUGUCUUCCAGCAGGGGCCGCUGUUCAGUCAAUAAGAUGAGACCUCUUGCUCUUACAGUAUAUCAAAUUAUCAUUUAUAAAAGGUAAAUAAUAAAAUUAUUAUUUCAUAUAAUUAUAAGUUUCACAUAAAUUUCACAUCAUACAUUAGGUUCCCUAAAGCACAGUUUAUUGACUCUAAUUAAUGUUUCAUAUGCCUUUGGACAGAAUAUACUGAAUAAAAUGUUAAAUGACAGGUGGAACACAAACAGACUUUGAAAUAUUAUAGUGAAUUGUGGGGGUUAUUUUAAAUGUAUUUAAAUUAU